CAGCUAUCACAAGUGGGAUAUCCGGGCUCCGUUUCCCUCCUGAACUUCGCGUGGUGGAUGUGACUGAUCCUCCGCUCAGCUGCAGUUAUGGCCACAAAUAAAGUGGUUACUGAGGUGGAACCCCGGACAGGAACUGGGGAUGGAGACUGUUCUGUUCAAGUCAGGAUAUUUCAAGUUCCUGCCAAAUGUUGUCCCAUCACUGCUGUACAGCCUCCGUCAACUGCUGCAGGCAUCUCAAAUGGUGACUCUGUCUCAGCCCCACCUAAAGUCAUCCCCAGUGGCCAGCCUACCACCUCUGCAGUUACAGUGCCAGGGCCUCGUUCCUCAUCUCCUUCUGUCAUGGUGGUUGCAAACGCAGGAGGAGUUAGUGCCAACACCCAGCAGGUAACAAAACCGGCUCUGAGCCAGGUGGCCUCUGUGAAACAGGUCACAACCAGAGGAAGGACGGUGUUGAUAACUGUACCCAGAUCAGCAGCUGCACAGCCAGUCACCCCUCGACUGCCACAGGCUGCCUCCCCACAGCUCCCAGCCAAUAUCCAGAUACCUCCAGGUACGAUGCUGAUUCGCAGUGACAGCGGGCAGCUGAUGCUCGUAUCUCACCAAGCUUUGGCUCAGGCUCAGCAGGGACAAAGAAGUGUCAGUGGCCCACCCACCAGGAUACUGGCACCACAGGUGUCUGCAGCACAAAAUAAUGAGAAUGUAACUGUGAUCAAGAUGGCAGCCAGUUCCAGCUUUCAGCAAGCGGCACCAGUCCAGAAGACCGCUGUGGUGAUCGGUGUUGCCCCCAAACCAGCUCUAGUCCAGACUGUCAAUGUUGUAUCUGAGCGAGGCGACCAUCCCGACACUCAGGCAGCUGUCAUGGAAAAGAAGACAGCACCCAUGUUCAGCAAGGAGACCCUGGAAAGUGUGAAGAAGUGCAAAAACUUCUUGGUAACACUGAUCAAACUGGCCUCCAGUGACUCCAAGUCUGCCAGCAUGGCUAACAGCGUUCAAGGACUUAUCAGGAGUCUGCUGGAAGGGAAACUGGAAGCAAAAGAGUUUACAGAACAGCUCUAUGACACGUUGAAGUCGACUCCACAACCCUGCUUAGUGCCUUUUCUCAAGAAAAGUCUUCCUGCAGUGCGUUGCCUCACUGCAGACCCCGAGUUAUUCAUCCAGCAGGCUUCAGCUUCUACACGCCCCCCCAAAUCUCUGUCUCCCAGCGUAAAGCAGUCCAGCACUGAGACAGGAAAAACCCUUCAGAGCAGCCAGCAGGUUUUCCAGACUCGAGGAGUGGCUCUGAGAUCCGGGAUAACGACAUUAAUUCAGUCCAGAAAUUGCAUUUCCAAGAAACCCACCAUCAAGCACAUUUUGGUUCAGUCAGGAAAAAACUUCCCAGGAGGUUUUUCAGUGAAGCAGUCCUUCACUCACGAUCCACCUAAUUCUACCAAAUUUGCAAGCAGAGACAGUUCUGGCUCUUACAAAGAAGAUGACGACAUUAAUGAUGUCACCUCCAUGGCUGGAGUCAACCUGAGAGAGGAGAAUGCACAGAUCUUGACCACCACAGUUGGCUCUGUGGUGCAGUCAUGUCAGGAUCAGCUCUUCCUCUCACCUCACCUGGUGCUCAGCAGAAUCCUUCACACAGGACAGGCACUGGGAGUAACUGAUGUCGGUCCAGAGGUUGUUGCUUUGGUUUCUCAUGCUACUCAGGAGUAUCUCCGUGGUCUGCUGGAGAAACUCACUGUAAUGGCAGAACACCGUAAGGCAACCCUGAAGCAGGACGUGUGGCACACGCAAGUGAGUGAUGUGCGCUCUCAGCUCCGCUUCCUUGAGGAAAUCGAGACCUUGCAGAAGAAGAGGAAAGAUGAAGAGGAGAGGGAGAGAUUACUGCGUUAUGCCAAAAGUCGCUCACACACUGAAGAUCCAGAGCAUCAGCAGCUCAAGCAAAAAGCCAAAGAGUUGAAACAAAUAGAGGAAGCUCAGCUGCAGCAAAGAGAGGCCAACCUCACUGCUCUGGCUGCCAUCGGGCCUCGCAGGAAGACACCUGUGGAUCAGACUGAAAGCCAGGUGUCUCUGCUGCCCAGACCGGGUGUUCAGAGAGUGACUCGGGUGAUCCUGAAGGAUCUGCUGCUGUGUAUGGAGCAGGAUCCCUUCCUGCGUCACUCUCUUAGCCUCUACAAAGCAAUGCUCUGAUCAGCGUAACUUUGUCCUCCUGCUGGACUUGAUCUAAAUGAAUGUAUGUUAGCAAGAGUCCACAUUUUGUGAUAUUCUGUUUGUUGUGCUUUAUAUCAGGUUAGAUAUCCUUGUAGUGUUGCUGGAUAAGUGAUGUUCAGUUUUGGUUUUGCUGUGAACUGAUGCUGAAAAUUUAAAAAAUUUCAGAUGCUGAAAUAUGUAAAUGCAAACAGCUGUUUACUGCUGCGUGUUCUGUGAACUGUGAAGUGA